AGCCGUGCAGAGGGGCGGUGGGGGACUGGGGGACUGGGCGACUGGGGUACGAGGGGGGGCGGGAGCGCUGCCCCCAUGGGAACGGAGUUGGAAUGGUGCCUGAUGCUGUGCUUGGCUCUGUCCGGGGUGGUGGCGGACCCAGCGGAAAGGCAGUUGCGGGCAGUGGAUGUGGUCCUAGACUGCUUCCUGGUGGAGGAAGGUAGGCAGCUUGGAGGUCUUGCCAGCAGUAGGAACAUGGUGAAGGCCUUGCUCGUGCUGAGGCAGGUACCAGUGCUGGAUGACGGCUCCCUAGAAGGCCUCACCGACUUCCAAGGGGGCACGCUGGCUAAAGACAACCCACCUGUUACCUUCGAGGCCUCAGUGAACUUGGUACGGAUUCCCCAGGCCGAGGCCUUGCUCCAUGCUGACUGCAAUGGGAAGGAGGUGACUUGUGAGAUCUCCCACUAUUUUCUCCAGGCCGCUGAGAACGCAGCUUGGUUCAUCACCAACGUGCAGGUAUCUGGAGGGGGACCUAGUGUCUCCAUGGUGAUGAAGACUCCCAGGGAUGCGGAGAGUGGGGCUGUCUUGCACCCCACACUAAACCUGCCCUUGAGCCCCCAGGGGAUGAUACAAGCUGCAGUGGAACUCCAAGUGACAACACAGACCCCCUCCCUGAACGUCCUGCUGGGGUCCUCAGCCUCCCUGCCCUGUGGCUUCUCCAUGGCACCGGGCUUGGACCUGACCCGUGUGGAGUGGCGGCUGCAUCAUAAGGGCAACGGUGAGCUGGUGUACAGCUGGACCAGGGGGCAGCGGCAGGCCAAGCGGAAGGGCACUGCGCUGCAGCCUGAGCAGCUACUUGUGGCCGGGGAUGCCUCCCUUGCCCUGCCUAGCCUCACCCUGAAGGACGAGGGGACCUACAUUUGUCAGAUCACCACCUCUCUGUACCAAGCUCAACAAAUCAUCCAGGUCCACGUCCAAGCUUCCCCCAAAGUAGGACUCAGCUUGGAGAACAAAACUCUGCCAGCCACCCUCAUCUGCAGCAUCACUGGCUACUAUCCUCUGGACAUAACUGUGACAUGGAGCCGAGAGGAGCCAGGCGGAGCCCCGGUCCCAGUCUCUGGCGCCUCCUUCUCCAGCCUCCGGCAAAGCGCAGCGGGCACCUACAGCAUUUCCUCCUUCCUGACCGUAGAACCUGACCCUGCAGGCACCACUUACACCUGCCAGGUCACCCACAGCUCCCUGGAGCAGCCCCUGGGGGCCAGCACCCAGAUCCUCCCACCAGAGCAGAAAACAGCCUUUGGAGUCCUUUUGGCCAGCAGCCUCUUCCUUCUUGCACUGCUGUUCCUGGUGCUUCAGAGACGGCAAGCUACCUCACCAAGAUCUGCCAAGACUCUGAGGCCCUCUGGGUAACCACCCGCCUGCCUCAGAGCAAAGGGAAUAGUAGUCACAUUGUCCAGAAGGACUCCAGCCCAAGUCUCAGAGCUCAAAAAGGCCCCAAGAAAGGCAUGAAGAAGGCACAGAUCCUGGGGACCCUGGCUCUGUGUGGGUCUCUGCCUUCCUUCCUUGUGUCCCUGGGCUGAACACCAAGGGAGAAAACGUGAAGAGGUGAGAGGGUGGUAGAAAGCAGAAUGUCUGGGUAGGAGGUUAAAAAAUGAGCCUACGGUAGAAAAGAAAAAGGGAAAACACUAAGAAAGGAGUAAGUGGGCAAGUCAUGAUCUCAUGGUUCAUGAGAUGGAGACCUGCAUGGGGCUCCAUGCUCAGUGGGGGUCUGCUUGAAGAUUCUCUCCCUCUGCCCCUCCCCCCGACUCAUGCUCUCAUUCCCUCUCUAAAAUAAAUAAAUCUUUUUUUAAAAAAAGGAGUGAGUGGGGGGGACAGUGGGUCAAAGGGGUGUGGCAGUUGGGCCAUAACACACAAGCAUUUGAACUCUGUCCAAAUAAAAGCCUCUUGUGUCCUCAGAAA